GGGAGAAGAAGAUUCUUUGACUACAUGUGGUCAACGUAGAUACCUUCACCACCAGUUCUACCUCCAGGGCAGUGGAGGUGAAACACAUAUCAAUGGUCAGCACUGAGUUCUCUGAGUGGAAGGAAGAUUUUUGAAGACAAAAAAUGCUGGCUAGAAACAACUCCUUAGUGACUGAGUUCAUUCUUGCUGGAUUAACAGAUCGUCCAGAAUUCCGGCAACCCUUCUUUUUCCUGUUCCUAGUGAUCUACGUUGUCACCAUGGUAGGCAACCUUGGCUUGAUCACUCUUAUCGGUCUAAAUUCUCACCUCCACACACCAAUGUACUAUUUCCUCUUCAAUCUCUCCUUCAUUGAUCUCUGUUACUCCUCUGUUUUCACUCCCAAAAUGCUAAUGAACUUUGUAUCAAAAAAGAAUAUUAUCUCCUAUGUUGGGUGCAUGACUCAGCUGUUUUUCUUUCUCUUUUUCGUCAUCUCUGAAUGUUACAUGUUGACCUCAAUGGCAUAUGAUCGCUAUGUGGCCAUCUGUAAUCCAUUGCUGUAUAAGGUCACCAUGUCCCAUCAGGUCUGUUCUAUGCUCACUUUUGCUGCUUACAUAAUGGGAUUGGCUGGAGCCACGGACCACACCGGGUGCAUGCUUAGACUCACCUUCUGCAGUGCUAAUAUCAUCAACCAUUACUUGUGUGACAUACUCCCCCUCCUCCAGCUUUCCUGCACCAGCACCUAUGUCAAUGAGGUGGUUGUUCUCAUCGUUGUGGGUAUUAAUAUCACGGUACCCAGUUUUAUCAUCCUCAUUUGUUAUGUUUUCAUUGUCACUAGCAUUCUUCAUAUCAAAUCCACUCAAGGAAGAUCAAAAGCCUUCAGUACUUGUAGCUCUCAUGUCAUUGCUCUGUCUCUGUUUUUUGGGUCAGCGGCAUUCAUGUAUAUUAAAUAUUCUUCUGGAUCUAUGGAGCAGGGAAAAGUUUCUUCUGUUUUCUACACUAAUGUGCCCAUGCUCAAUCCCCUCAUCUACAGUUUGAGGAACAAGGAUGUCAAAGUUGCACUGAGGAAAGCUCUGAUUAAAAUUCAGAGAAGAAAUAUAUUCUAAUUAGAAGC